ACAAAUGUGUAUCAUACAGUCUGAUAGAUGGAUAUAGGGUUUCAGUCAAUGCUAUGGUAUCAUAUGACAUAUAGCAUGACACACAGGGGAGCAGUAAUUUGUGCUUCUGCUGAUAUACCUGCACUUAGAAAGCUCUGUGGCUUUAAAGGACACUCUGCACACAGAGGUUGUUCGAAAUGUUUUAAAUUUUUCCCAAGCMGUUUUACAGAAAAAACUGAUUAUUCUGGUUUCGACCGGCAAAAUUGGCCUCCCCGUGACAAUGUAAGCCAUCGUCGCCAUGCUGAGAAAGUAAGAACUGCUCAAACAAAAACCAAAUUUGAAAAGCUUGCAAAAGAAUAUGGUGUUUAUUAUAGUUCUCUUUUGAAAUUAGAAUAUUUUGAUGUGAUAAGGUACUCGGCCAUUGAUCCUAUGCACAAUUUGUUUUUGGGAACUGCAAAACAUAUGUUUAAACUAUGGCUAGCAAACGGUGUCUUAAAUCAACAACAACUUAAACUCCUAGAGGAAAAGAUCAAGUCCUUGGAUGUUUCAACUGGUUUUGGCAGAUUGCCCCACAAGAUAUCUUCCAAUUACGGUACUUAUACUGCAUCUCAAUGGAAAAACUGGACAUUAGUAUAUUCUGUUUAUGCCCUGAAUGGAAUCAUCCCAGCAGAUCAUCUUAGAUGCUGGCAAACAUUUGUUCUUGCUUGUCAAUACCUGGUUAAUCCAAUAAUUUGUACUGAUGAUGUACUAAAAGCUGAUUUAUUAUUUCUAAAGUUUGGAAAAGAAGUCCAGCAUCUGUAUGGAAAAAGCAGUAUUACCCCCAACAUGCAUCUCCACUGCCAUCUAAAAGAAUGCAUUAUAGAUUUUGGCCCUGCACAUGUGUUUUGGUGUUUUAGUUUCGAACGCUUUAAUGGUAUCCUUGGUGCAACACACUUGAAUGGGAUGGCUAUUGAAGUACAGAUGAUGCGAAAGCUUUUAGCAGGAAGGUAUAUGUGGAGUGUAGAGUUUCCAUAAGAGUUUAAGAGCCACUUU